UUUCCGGAUUUAUAUUUUGAUACGUAUAGUACAUUCAAAAUGGCAUCCUACGUUCAUUGAAAUGUGUUUUUAAAAACACAAAAAUAUUUAAUUUACUGUGAUACCUUCCCAUAAUUUAUUAGAUAUGCUAUUAUACAAAUUAUUCAAGAAUAUAAUAGAACAUAAUUAUUGAGUAUUCUUUUUAUUCAUUGUACUCAACAUCUUUUUGAGGUUAUACGAUUGUUGGUUGACUGAUCAAGUAAAACUUGAACAAAUUUAACAAUUAAAAACUAAUAAUACAAAAUAGCGAAGCAGAAAUUAUAAUCGGUUUUUUAAUUUUUAAAUCCUGUAUUUAAACAAUGUGUUUUAUGAAUAAUAAGAUAGGUUCGAAACUACCAGUUAUAAAUGAAACCAUUUUUUGAAGAUAUUUCUAGUUUCUUUUUAAAGAUUGGAAAUAAUAAUUUUGAAAUAGAAUAAAAAUUAAAAUUACAUCAUGUUACCAACAAUGAAAAUGAUAACUCCAAAAAAUUUACGAUCAAUGAUAGAAUUGAAUAGAAUUUUAAAAAAUGUUAGAACCUUCAAACCAACAAAUAGCAGAUACUACCACAUCACCAAUAGUUUAAAAUUUAAAGAUGUGAAUGAAGAAGACCAAAAAAAAUCAGUAGCUCUUUUUGAUGCUGCACACAUAUACCAUAAAAAGACAAAAGAAGCAUAUUUAGAUGUACUUCGUACGUACACUUCUGAACAAGACCGAAAAAUAGGACAUGUACGGUUUAUAUAUGCAGCAUUGCGAUAUAUGAAAGAAUUUGGAGUUGAAGAGGAUCUUGAAGCUUAUAAAGCACUUUUAGAUACUUUACCAAAAGGCAGAUAUGUGGCUAAAAGUUUAUUUAUGGCUGAAAUGUCGCAUUAUCCUCGAGAACAACAAUGUAUUAUAGAUCUUUUACAACAAAUGGAGGACAAUGGAGUAGUUCCGGAUCCAGAAAUGGAGCUCAUGGUAAUAAAUAUUUUUGGGCAAUAUGGAUUUCCAUUAAGAAAACUAAGGUCCAUGGCAUAUUGGCAAGGAAAGUUUAAAAAUAUAAAUCCAUGGCCAAUUCCUCGCCCUCUUCCUUCAAGUACACUUGAAAUUGCUAAAAUAGCUAUUCAAAAAAUUGCCAGUGUUGACGUAACAAGUGUAAUUACUGUUUUUAAUACUGAGGAUAUAAAAGAUUCCAUUGAUAAGACUUGGAUUGUAUCGGCAUCAAGUCCAGACCAAGAACAUUUAAUCGCUUCACAUCCUACAGAUGUUCCUGCUUAUGUAGAAGGUCCAAAUAGAAUCUGGGUGGGGAAAAUAUCUGUUGAUUAUUUUAUUUUAUAUACUGAGCCUACCAAACGACCUCCAGAAGAAGAUAUUGACAAUGAUGAUGUUUCAAAUAUGGAUAUUUCUUUGUGGAGAAGGGCGAAGAAAAAGUUAGUACAUAGACGUAGUAUACAUGAACAAGACAAAAUGACAAUUUUCGGAGUUUGUGCAACUGGAACGUCUACAAAAGAUUCUCUGUUAUCUUGGAUUCGUUGCCUACAAAUUAGAAAUCCUGCUCUUGAAAAGAUUCCCAUCUUAUUUAAAUUUAGAAGUCAAGAAGAGCUGCAACGGAUUGCAUCUGGAAUAGAAAAAGAAACUAAAAAAAUAGAAGGAUAAUAUAGGCUGUAAUUUUUGUAAAUAAACGUAAAUUCAUAGUAAAAA